CAUAUCACGUGGAUUUUAUUGCAAGCUUCAUAUAAUAAACUAGACUCGUGACAAAUCAUGGGUUCUGAAAGAUAUGAUAUUUCCAGUAUCGAAUAGUGUCGAAAUGGGGCUCAUUACCUCAAACAUACUCCCGCAUCACCCCCCCCCCCCCUAAAAAGGGUGAAGGAAAAGAGUUGUUGGAAUUGGAAUAAUUUCAUUGGGGGUGUGGAGUGUCACAGAACGCUUUUGAUGAAUGGUAUCAAAGUCUUUGCACAUCACUGAUCAGUAUUGGAACAGGUUUCGUUACUUUAUAACGCUCGAUAUUUAGUUAUUACACUGCAUAGUCAACAUAAAGGCAGUAUUCGCUUUCAACAUGGCGAGAAACCUACUCAUUAUUGCGGUCCUAUUAAUGGUCGCAGUGUUCCACGAGACGUGUGGUCGCCCAGCGGACUCGAAAGCCUGGACGAGCUGGAAGUCGAAGUACGGUAAAGAAUACUCGACGAAGGAGGAGGAGCUCGUAAGAUGGAAGGCGUGGAUCAAGAACAAGCAACUCGUUAACGGGAACAAUCAAGCUUACGAUGAGGGGAGGAGAUUGUUUAAAAUGGCUAUGAACGAGUUUGCGGAUCAGGAUUUUGGCCGAAUUAACAACAAUUUUGACGUGGAAGGACGACGCUCCAAUACAGGUUUGAAAGAGACAAAGUCAAUGACGUCAUCCUUCAGAUCGUCCAUGCCGCCAUCAUGGGAUUGGAGAGAUAAGAAAGAGGUUAACCCUGUCAGGGAUCAAGGUCAGAUUGGUUCAUCUCUAGCCAUGAACGUUGCAGAUGCCGUAGCUAGCUACUCUUCCAUUCACAACAAGACUCCCCUCGACAUCCUGGCCGAUGCCGAAGUCGUCGAUUGUUGCCUACCUAAUCCCCUAGAAAGGCCAGGCGUCUUCGGCUGCGUGCACAACCACGGCGGACUAUGCACAAAGGGAACCUACCAUACCGGAACUGGUGCGAAUGUCUGCAAUAAUGCAUCUUGUAAGGCUGUUGCAUCGUGUAAUGUUGGAAAGACAGUUCCUUCUCGAAACGAAUCAGCCCUCGCCCAAGCAGUCUUGUUCACGCCCGUAGUGGUGGCCAUCGACGCUAGCCAUAUGUCUUUUCAGUUAUACCAGAGCGGUGUGUACUCUGAGCCAAGCUGUUCGUCGACGCUAUUGGACCAUUCUCUUCUGUUGGUGGGAUACGGUGUCGACAGUGGGGUCGAUUACUGGAUAUGCAGGAACUCAUGGGGAUCCUCGUGGGGUGACAACGGCUAUAUCAACAUUGCACGGAAUCACGACAACAUGUGUGGUAUUGCAACAGACGCAAUUUACCCAUCCAACAAGUGAUUAUCUGUCUUAUUGAAUGAGUAAUAGUAAUAUGAAUAUAUAUAUAUAUAUAUAUA